AUGAGCAAGGAAAUAGGCACUUUUAGGCGCAAUGGACUGGUUUUACUCACAUCAAUAGUCUGUAUAGGCACGCUUAUUGCAGGGUUUGUACUAGCAAUAAUUGCUGAAAGAGAUGCGGUCAACAUUAAAAACACUAGGAAAACGUUUACCACAGUUGCAACAGGCGAAUGGGCAAAUGCGCAGUUCCCUCGUUUGCAUAAGAGUUGCAAUGCCACCGACGUCGAUUUUCUAACAAGAACCAUGAACGAAACAAUGGAAGUUGCUUCGUAUGCGAAAGAACAACUGCUGGUAAAGGGUGCUAACGACACUAUUUACAAGAGGUGGUUCGGUGAUGGGGAGCUUUAUGAUGUGCUUGGCGUCGUAGAUGGCAUCGCGAACAUGACAAAAACCGAUGUCCUUUUACGCUGCGACGAUGUGGAUGGGUUGUGUGCCGCAAACCCUAAUUACUACGCCGGACACCACCGUGAGAAAGCGGACGCUGAGACUGUCAUCUGCGACUACUUUUAUGAGUCACGUGCGUGGCUUUCUGACAUCUGUGCAAAUGGAACUCUUAAGGACUUUCCUCCUCCUCGCUACGCUGGUAUUGAUAUGAUCCACAGAUACUUUCACGUGUCUUUCAUCAAUCUAGAUGAAUAUAUCGGUGAAUAUACUGAGGAGGUUGAGGAUGUGCUCGACCUAGCUAAGUCCAAUUCAACUUUCGCAGUGAGAAACGUCGACAACUACUUGUACUAUCUAGCUGAUGUCUACAGCUCCGAUAAGAUAUCUGGGGGUUGUCUCGGCUUAGAUGGCGUCUGA